ACUCCGAGUACCUUCAAGAAGCCAAAACCCCUACCUCGCCGUCUCGUGAAGAAAGACGAGUCGAAGGUUGCUGAGGGGGGAUGCCCUGAUGACGAAGAGAUGGGCGUGGACAAGCCGUCUCUGGUGGUGGACUUGGUGUCCAAAUCGAGGUCCGGUGGGCAUCCGGACGAGCUGGAGGACCCUCUUUCGGGAAUCCCGGCCGACGUCCGCUCUCAGAUACCGGCGGAGGUGGCCCGCCGAGCUAGGUCUUCGGGCGCCAAAGACAAAGGGAAGGAUGCAGCUGCUGCCGAGGACGAGAACGUACCUGCUACUCCCCACUAUUCGUCAAAGGAUAGGGUGGCUAUAUGCCGCAAGGUUUUUAAGGCCGUCCCCGCAGAGUAUGUUGCUUCUCUUCCUGGCCGCAAGACUGACGCCCAGUUUGGUGCGAUCCAGGCCACUCUUCUCGACUUGUUCUGCCGCAUGGAAUUCUGCAAGAGUUGGAAGACCCGCACUGCUGAGGAGCUCAAAGCUCAGGUGGCUGAGUCCACCCACCAUGGCGACUAUGCGUUCAAGUCCAUUGAAGAGGUCCGCCUGCAGAUGCAGACGACCAUAGACCUUCAAGCGAAGGAGGUGGCUGCGUUGAGAUCUGACAAGGCCGAGCUGCUUAAGAAGAUCUUGGCGCAGGACAAGGACAUGGUGGCAAUGGUCGAGGAGGCCAAGACAGCGGCGGCGGAAAUACGGGCGCUUCAGGACCAGCUGCGGGAGUACCCUCAGGUCAAAGAGGCGGCUGAGGAAGCCGAGCAUCUUCGUGGGGAGCUGGAGACGGCCAGAUCGCAAGUUCGCACCUUGCGUGAGCGUCUUCUGGAAUCCUAUGAUCAGGGGGAACAAGCGACCAAGGACGCUGUUAAGCACGCCUGGGAGAGCCACAUGUCAGAGUAUGAUCUUGGGUGGUUCCAGCGGCGAAUGGAGCACAGUGCCGCUGUGUUGGCUGCUGAACGUCUUGGUCAGCCGCCCCCUGAGUUUGUAUCAUCUGAUGACGAGGACGAUGCGGCCGCUCCCUGAUUUGCUUCCUUUCCUGCUUUUUUUUUUAAAAUUUUAUUCAAGCGUUCCCGUGCCUAAGGGCAAAAACAAUUAUGUUGUAAAGUUUUGGCGCUGAUGGCGUCUGUAUCAUUGUGCCUGCUGAGCACACAACAAUUUUCUUUCUUUUUUCUGGUCAAGA